AUGUCAGCCGAACCGAGAAUGGGAAAUAAGUCUCCCAGCAUCGAGACACCAAGAUUACGAGACGAUUCUUAUGGUCUGAGCUUACCGGAUUUUCCGAACGUGAACCAUUCAUAUCUUCAAGAAUGGCCCGACGAAGAGCGAUCUGAGAUCUUGUUGGAUGCGAUCCUAACUUCGAUUGGCAGGGUGCAGCAUUUCUUCGAUCCUCGAUCUGUGGCAGAUCGCCUGGCCAUGUGCUCUGCAUCGAACGGUCAAGAACCCCCGACUACACUAUGGUAUAUCGAGCUGCUGCUUGUUUUUGCUAUUGGCGAUCUCCUCACAUGCAAAUUUCACGACCGCUUAUCGACUCCUGGAGAGAGCUAUUUCAUAGAAGCAAUGAACCGCAUCCCCGGACUCAGUCACCUUCGCACUUCAGGGAUCCAGGGGAUAGAAAUUCUCGGGCUGGUUACCUACUAUUUACAGUGUGCCGACCGAAGGGAUGACGCUUAUGUUUACGCCGGCGUCGCUUUGCGGAUGGCUCUCCUGAUGGGUCUACAUCGAGACAGCGGCGCGGCUGCCACGACCCGCUCUGAUAAAACCCAUCAAAACAGACUGUGGUGGACGAUUUAUAUGCAAGAACGGAGACUUGCGGCGGCGACUGGAAAUCCGCUCAGCGUGGACGAUGAAGUCAUUCGAGCUGCGUUACCACGCGAUGCACCUGGGUUUUGUGCUUCAGAAGCCCUCACAACGAAUGUUAAGAUUGCAAAAAUCACCGGUCAAACUUUGAAAAACAUCUAUGGUAGCAUCGGACAGACCGAGCAGAUAUUCAUGACACACGUGCAGAACAUUUUGUCUGAGCUACAUCAAAUAUCACAGAAUAUGCCUGCCGAUUUCGCCGUGGAUUUUUCUCAGCAACUGCGCGUUACGAGAACUAGCGCCACUUUGUAUCUGAUGCUUUAUCAGGCCAUCAUCCUUGUAACCCGACCCAUAUUGCUCCAACUUGCCAGGCAGGCCGUCAAAGAACAGCUCCAGAACAUAAUCCUUUCCAGGCCUCUUGAAUCACUGGCGGAAACUUGUAUUGACGCCGCUCGGCAUACGCUCAGAAUACUCUGCGCGCUCAAACAACAGCAACUCCUAGCAAACUUUGGAUUCUCCGAUCUCGAUGCAAUAUUUUCGGCAGGAUUUGUGUUUGUCCUCGCCGAAACCAUUUAUCCAAGCUCACACAGACAUUCGGGUCUAUCCGGAAUUCGGGGCUGCUUAGACCUACUUCAAGAUCUGAACAGCCAUGGCAACAGGCCUUCGGCCGUACGACGGAGAGACAUUAUCCAAAUGUGCAAACAACUCAACAUAGCAGAGAGCUUGACCAAUACUGAACCGAGCGGUGGUGUCACCAUCGGCGAUAUAGAAGCCGCUUCUUCUGUGCGUGUCAACAACGGGCAGCAAAAGCUGCAGCAAGAAACGGAUGCCCAGGUAAUUGCCAUGGAGCAACCGCUACACUGGGUCGAUGACAUAGCAGAAAGUGAGAUGCUGCUGGGACAAGACACGCAUGAUCUUCAUCUUUGGUACAACCACGACAGCUUGGAUCUUACCGGAGCAAUCGAGACUGACUGGGAAGCGUUGGCAACUGAGAUCUUCCGUUCUGGGUAG